UUCAGUACUUUCAUUGGCCAUCCAUUCCUGCAUUCGAUCUCUUUGCUCCGCAGAAAUAUGUCAGCUGCCACACUUUCCAUGGCUGCAACAGUUGCAGCUUCAUCUUCUUCACUCUACAAUACCACCAAACCCUUUCACUUUCGUCCUUCAAUUCUCAAUUCUAAGCGCUUAAAACCCUUCAACCUCAAAACCCAAACCCUCAAUCCCCUUCCCCUAUCUCUUCCACGUUUACCUUUCUUUUCAGCUUCUUUCGACGGCGUUCAAGUUACCCAGGAUGACCAAAGCACUGAAGAACAAUACCCAGAGGCCGAAAUGCAAGAGGAAGCUGAAGAAAAGGUUUUGGAGACCGGUGGUGAUGAAGGGAAGUUGUAUGUUGGGAAUUUGCUUUAUUCAAUGACUUCUUCGGAGUUAACUGAGAUUUUUAGUGAGGCUGGUCGUGUUGCUAAAGUCGAGAUUGUUUAUGAUCGAGUCACGGAUAGGAGCAGGGGAUUUGGCUUUGUAACAAUGGGGAGCAUUGAUGAGGCCAAAGAAGCAAUUAGGCUGCUUGAUGGAUCUCAAGUCGGAGGUCGGACCGUGAAGGUGAACUUCCCGGAGGUUCCAAGAGGAGGUGAGAGGGAAGUAAUGGGACCAAGGAUUCGUAGAGGUUAUACCAGCUUUAUCGACAGCCCUUACAAGAUCUAUGCGGGAAACCUCGGUUGGCGAGUCAGUUCGGAAGGUCUCAGGGAGGCUUUUGUUACCCAACCUGGCUUGUUGAGUGCUAAGGUCAUCUACGAAAGGGAUACCGGAAGAUCUCGAGGUUUCGGAUUCGUUUCUUUCGAGUCGGCCGAGACCGUCGAGGCCGCUCUAAGCGCCAUGAAUGGAGUGGAAGUUGAAGGCCGACCUCUAUGUUUAAAUUUGGCUGCGGAUAGAACUCCCCGUGCUCCUUCGACUGAACCCGAAGGAGAUGCCGGAAAUAGUCUCGAAAGCAGCGAAUUGCUUUCGAGUGCCACCGUUUGAUAGACUUGUAAAAACAAAUAUGUGGUUUUAAAGGAGGAUCAAGAAGAUCAUGCAGAUAUAUUUGCCUUUCACUUGCAGAUUUUGAGUUGAAAUGAAUUUUUUUUCUUCUUUCCCUUUGUCAAUAACUAUUUAAAAAUGAGUUACAUGUAAAUUAUAGAGCAAGGGGAGAUGAUUCACUCUACUUUUAAGUUUUGAAAUAUAUGUUAUUCUAUUUAAAAA